UUGCGACUUCCCGCUCAAGCCCCACCGGACAGGAACCCUCAGUCUGGGCGGCGCUAGAGGAUGCGGCUGCGGCCCCAGGUAGCGACAGCGAGAAGCCUGGCACCCUGCAGGUCCGCAGGAGAAUAGCACAGGAGGGCUUGACACCUUCAUAGCCAUGGCGGAGAAGCGGCCCCUGGGAACCCUGGGGCCUGUGAUGUAUGGCAAGCUUCCCCGCCUAGAGGCAGACUCAGGGCCUGGACCUAGCUUGCCCCUCUCUGCUGUUAACCAGGACUCCUGCAGCUACAAGGGUGCCUACUUUUCCUGCCCCAUGGGGGGUACUUCCAAGGCAGGGUCUGAACGGUUGGCAUCCUGGACGCCAUACCCACCCUUGUAUCCCACUACUGUGGCAGGAUCCCCACUUCGGACAGACAACCUGUUGACAAACUGCCUGCUCUACCGCCCUCCAGCAGAAGGGUCUGAGAAGAUGCAGGACUCCACUGAGGUCCUGCCCUUCAGUCCCCAGACUCAUGCAUACCCAGCCCCCCCUGGGCUAGCAGCACCCAAACCUGUCUACCGCAGCCCUCUCUGUUACGGGCUCUCAGCUUGCCUGGGGGAAGGGGCAGUGAAGAGACCACUGGAUGUUGACUGGACCCUGGUAACCGGACCCCUGCUGCCCUCAGCUGAUCCACCCUGUUCUCUCGCCCCAGCUCCUGGCAAGGGCCAAUCUCUGGAUGGCACCUUUUUGCGUGGGGUACCAGCUGCGGUGUCUGGCAAAGACUCCUCGCUGGGCUUCUCCACAUGCCAGACUCUCCUGGAGAAAUAUCGGACCAUCCACAGCACAGGCUUCCUGGGCUCCAAGUUCACAGGUCCUUACUCUGGGGACCCUAAGCAAGCAAUGGUGGAGGGGCCUUCCAGUCCUUGGACACAGCUGGCCCAGCCCCUGGGGCCACCCUGCCAGGACACAGUGCCUGUCCACUACCCAUUACCCCCUCCUCCACAGGCCAUUCCUUGCCCACCAGCCUGUCGCCACCCAGAGAAGCAAGGCAGUUAUACCUCUGCGCUCCCACUACAGCCUCUGGGAGUCCACAAGGGCUCCAGCUACCAGGCUGGUGGGCUGGGCAGCCCCUACCUGAGGCAGCAGGCAGCCCAGUCCCCCUAUGUGCCCCCCAUGGGGCUGGACACUUAUUCCUACCCCUCUGCCCCACUCCCAGCACCCUCACCAGGCCUCAAGCUGGAGCCCCCUCUUGCUCCACGGUGUCCACUGGACUUUGCCUCCCAGACUCUGGGUUUUCCUUAUGCCCGGGAUGACCUCUCUCUGUAUGGAGCAUCCCCAGGACUUGGGGGAACACCACCUUCCCAGAACAGUGUGCAACCUGUGCCACAACCCAGUGCCUUCCAGCGGGCAUGCCAGCCUUUGCCAGGCAGUCAGCCAGCCUCUGAGCCUAUGAGGCCUGCUGAGAAACCUGUGCGAGGUGCCGAAGAAAAGACGUGGGUGCCCAGCUGCAGGAAAGAGCAGCUUCAGCCCCGGCUCGAUGAGCACCCUGGAGCACCCAUUGUCAUCCGAGAUAGCCCAGUUCCCCGCACCUCACCAGCACUGCACCCCUGUGUCCAGGAGCGCCAGCCUCUUCCACAGAAGGCAGGCUCAAGGCCACCCAGCUCUCCACCAAUGCCUGUCAUUGAUAAUGUCUUCAGCCUGGCACCCUACCGUGACUAUAUGGAUGCGCGGGCGACCGAAGCCCCAGCCACUAAUGAGCGCCAAGAUAAAGAUUGUAAGGGGACCCUGCCUGUCCAGGAGGGGUCCUCAGGGGCUCGCUGCUCUCUUCGUGAGGAGGUGGCCUUGGACUUGAGUGUGAAGAAGUCCAUGGUAGAGGCCACCCCUAUUCAGGUCCCAAGCCCAGAAGUUCAGGCCAAGCCCAGUACAGCUGUGGAUGUGCCAGAUGUGGAGAACACAGCAUCAGGUCUGUCAGGCCUGAAAGAGACGGUCACAGAAGCACCAGCAAUGCCAGUGGCCACAGAGGACACACCAAGGACCAAUUUCCACAGCUCUGUGGCCUUCAUGUUCCGAAAAUUUAAGAUCAUCCGUCCAGCACCCUCACCUGCAGCCACAGUCCCAUCUACACCCACCUUGGCUCCUGCCCCUGCACAACCUGUACCCACCCCUCCAUCUAUGCCCCUGGGACUGCAGAUUGUCACUCAGCCCUUGCCGGUGGCAUGCUUCAACCUGGCCCUGCCUAACUCUUCAGCUGUAGCUGUGGCCUCUCCAGCCCCAGCCCCUGCUCCAGCUCCAUCACCUGCUCCCGCCCUUGCACCAGCUGCAGCCACUGUACCAGCCCCUGCUCCAGCUCCUGCUCCAGCCCCUGUUCCAGUUUCAACCACAGCCCCAGCAGACUCCUCAGAGCAGCACUUCACAGGGCUGCAUGCAUCCCUGUGUGAUGCCAUCUCAGGCUCCGUGGCCCACUCCCCACCCGAGAAGUUGCGUGAGUGGCUGGAGACAACUGGGCCCUGGGGCCAGGCCGCAUGGCAGGACUGCCAGACUGUGCAAGGGCUGCUGGGUAAGCUACUUUCACAGCUGCAAAGGUUCAUGUGCACACAGCAGUGCCCCUUCCCCCAUGUGGUGCGGGCAGGUGCCAUCUUCGUGCCCAUCUACCUGGUGAAGGAGCGGCUCUUCCCACGACUGCCUCCCGCCUCCGUGGACCACGUGCUGCAGGAGCACCGAGUGGAGCUGCGGCCCACCACGCUGUCGGAGGAGCGGGCGCUGCGGGAGCGCGCCCUGCACGGCUGCACCUCACGCAUGCUGAAGCUGCUGGCGCUGCGCCAACUGCCCGACAUCUACCCCGACCUGCUGGGACUGCAGUGGCAUGACUGUGUGCGCCGCCAGCUGGGUGACUUGGACACUGAAGCUGGAGCUGUGUCCCCCUCAGAACCAUCCAUGGCCAGAGAUGAAUCAGAAAGUGUUGCCCUGGCUCGGAAGUCACCAGCCCCCAAGGUCAGGAAGCCAGGGAGGAAGCCACCAACCCCUGGCCCAGAGAAAACAGAGGCGGCCUCUGGGGGAGGGUCACGUGGCCCAUCACCUACCCCUGCUGCCAGUGCCAGCCCACCUGGCCCCACACUCCGGGCCCGCUUCCGCAGCUUGCUGGAAAACGCCUGGCUCAAUGGCAUGGCACUGCCCACUUGGGGCCACAAAGCCUCCGGACCUGACCGGCCCUCACCCCAGCCCCAGCUCCUGGGCAGCCAGAGUCACCACCUGUAGCACUGGCUCAGGGCUGUUUGGACAGCCAACCAUCUCGGGGCCACUCUGUCCCUUGGGAUACAGAUGUUGGGGCUGGGACCCACCAAUGGGCCGAGAACCCCUGAGCUUUUAAUAUUAGAAAGGGCUCCUUCCUCUUCCGUAGAGAAAACCAGUGGGCGUUGGAACCCCACAGACCUGGCCUUGAGUCCUGGCUGCUGUGUUCCUGACUGCGUGACCUGGGCAGACACUUCACCUCUCUUGAGCCCUCAUUCCCCAUUUGUAAAAUAGGACAGCACAGCCUACCUCAGGGUUGUUGUGGGGAUUAUUGCCUGACACACACCCAUUAGAUUUGGUCUCUGCUCCCUGCCUGGGACAGGCCCUUGCCCUCAGCCAGAAGAACCUUCUUUUUGAAAACCUUCGUGUGUCUUAGGACUUGGUUGUCUUCAAGCAGUACGUCGUCGUACAGCGUCUGUGGCUCCUGCAUAUACUUCCCCCAGUCUCUCUGCUUGUGCGGGGACACCGUCUGAGGCUGGCGUCCUUGUUCUGGGCCUAUGGCCCCACCCCGGGAGGCCCAGAGUGUCCUGAAUUGACAUCAGUAACUUCCCCAAGCUCCCUCCCACACCCCAGGCAUUACCCCAGAAAAGUUAUGUUCUCUAGAAGCUAAGCAGGUACAGGGACGUGCUGAGUGGCAGCUCAGUCCCAGGAGGUCUCUAGAGAUUGGCACUGGGGACCCUGGUACUCUUCGAGGCUCUCAUCAGCCAGGCUUGCUGUGACCCAGGGCCCUGCAGCAUGCGGAACUGAGCUGGAGGCUGGCAAGCUGGGGUCCAUGGCCUUAUGUAAGGGUUUGUGAGGAGCCUGGGCCCUUGGGUGGGGGUAGGGAGUAGCUAUUAAAGAAUUCGAAUUGUUUUUGGAGCUGGGGCUGUGAGCUCACAUUUCGUCACCUUGAAGGGCCUCGCCCUUCACUCAUGGGCUGCCCUUGCUGCUCCCACUCCAGAAGGCUCCAAGGUCAUGGGGUGCUGGCCAGCCCUGGCCUAUGGACCCUCCUCACACCGUCUAACCAACCAGUCUCGGUCCCAGUGACAGUUGGUCUUAC